CUCUCUCUUCUCUCUCUCUCUCUCUCUCUCUCUCUGUCUCUCUUCUGUCUCACUCUCAGUUUCAUUUAUUUAUGUAACCUGGGUAUUUCAUUGUGCUGAACUCCUGGAAAUUCCCACUUUAUCGGUUUCUAGUGAAAAAAAGCAAAAAAGAAAAAAAGUGGUACUGAUUCUGUAAAUUCAACGUUUUAUAAAGGUUUUAAUCCAGUCAAUGACUGCUCCAAUGCUAUAUUAUGUUACGGAUUGUAAGGUAUGUCGAAUUCUUGGAUAAGGUAUGGCCUCGACAUUCUCCAUGUCAGUCCCUGUGGAAUGUGUGAAUCUGUGCAAACUCGUACGAGCUGAUGGGAAUGGGAGAUUUGAGUGCAGUGUGUUGUCUUGUUCAUGGAAAGCUACAAGGGUUUUGAGUGGGUUUUUUGCUAGUACAACCCAACCUCAAUGCUCAUUGCAUGAUCGGCAUAGGGCAAGAAGGAAAGCAAUGCAACAUGCAAGACCACCUGGUUGGACUUGUGAUGGCCCUUGUUUGGGUGGUGAAGAGAACUUGGGAGUUGUUCAUUCGGCCUACAUUGAAGAGUUUCUUAAAUCAAGUGUACAAUCAAGUGUCAAUAAAAGAUGGAAACUGAACUGUGUGGCUUCUAUUUCUUCAGAAUCUUGCGAUGCUAGUUCUCCAGAUUCAUUGUGGGAGGAUUUGAAACCAACUAUUUCAUAUCUUCCUCCAGCUGAGUUGGCAUUGGUCUAUAGUGCUCUGAAGCUGGCUUUUGAAGCUCAUAAUGGACAGAAAAGGCGGAGUGGAGAGCCCUUUAUCAUUCAUCCAGUUGAAGUUGCUCGGAUUCUUGGAGAACUUGAAUUGGAUUGGGAGUCUAUCGUGGCAGGUUUGUUACACGACACUGUUGAAGAUACAAAUGUUGUUACAUUUGAAAGAAUUGAAGAGGAAUUUGGCUUUACUGUACGUCAUAUUGUGGAAGGAGAGACAAAGGUAUCCAAGCUGGGUAAAUUACAGUGUACAAAGACAAAAAGGUCUGUGCAAGAUGUUAAGGCUGAGGAUCUGAGACAAAUGUUUUUAGCUAUGACAGAAGAGGUACGUGUUAUUAUCGUCAAAUUGGCUGACAGGUUACACAAUAUGCGUACCCUUUCUCACAUGCCUCUGCAUAAACAGUACAGCAUUGCAUCGGAGACACUGCAGGUCUUUGCACCCCUUGCAAAGCUACUAGGCAUGUAUCAGAUCAAGUCAGAACUAGAGAAUCUGUCAUUUAUGUAUACAAACCCACUUGAAUAUGCUAAGCUAGGGAGACGUGUUCAGGAGCUUUAUACAGAGCAUGAAAAAGAAGUGGAAGAGGCAAAGAAAAUUUUAGUGAAAAAGAUGGAAGAAGACAAGUUUUUGGACCUUAUGACUGUGAAAGCAGAAGUGCGAUCAGUUUGUAAAGAACCAUACAGUAUCUAUAAGGCUGUUCUAAAAUCAAAAGGAUCAAUAAACGAGGUCAACCAAAUUGCACAGCUCCGUAUCAUUGUAAAACCAAAGCCAUGUCUUGGUAUUGGGCCAUUAUGCAGUGCACAGCAGAUAUGUUAUCAUGUUCUUGGGAUUGUCCAUGGAAUUUGGACCCCCAUACCGCGGGCUAUGAAAGAUUAUAUUGCAACCCCAAAACCUAAUGGCUACCAAAGUCUCCACACCAUCGUGAUCCCAUUUCUGUAUGAGAGCAUGUUUCGAUUAGAGGUGCAGAUAAGAACAGAAGAUAUGGAUCUCAUAGCUGAAAGAGGAAUUGCUGCUCAUUACAGUGGGAAGAGUUUGUUCCCUGGUUUAGUCGGAAAUGGGAAGCCUACUGGGAGAAACUCUAGAGGAAAGGCUGUCUGCUUCAACAACGCUGAUAUUGCUCUAAGGAUUAGUUGGCUCAAUGCUAUUAGAGAAUGGCAAGAAGAAUUUGUUGGGAACAUGAGUUCUAGGGAAUUUGUGGACACCGUAACUCGAGAUUUGUUAGGCAGUCGGGUAUUUGUAUUUACCCCAAAAGGAGAGAUAAAAAACCUACCCAAGGGGGCUACUGCGAUUGAUUAUGCUUAUCUAAUACACACGGAAAUUGGAAACAAAAUGGUUGCUGCCAAGGUCAACGGGAAUCUUGUCUCUCCCACUCAUGUGCUUGCAAAUGCUGAAGUUGUGGAGAUAAUCACCUACAAUGCACUAGCCAGCAAAUCGGCUUUUCAACGGCAUCAGCAGUGGCUGCCACAUGCUAGGACCCGUAGUGCUCGACACAAGAUUAUGAAAUUCUUGAGGGAGCAAGCUGCCCUAUCUGCCACCGAAAUAACAGCUGACACUGUGAAUAGCUUUGUUGCCGACAUUGAAACUGAGGUUGAAUCAAGAAAUGAAAUUCCAGAUUCAUUUGGAGAAAGGAAAACAUUGUGGAGGACUUUGAUGACUGUCACUGAAUUUACUGGCACAAAGCAUAGUCAUGAUGAUGCACUUCCUCUACAACAAAGAUUUGGGGGUAUACCAAAAAUUAAUGGAAACCACAACAAAGGGAUGCAACAAGUGAGUUUGAAGGUCAAUGGGGAGACAGUGAUUCAUGGGGUAGACUUGUUUAUGCAGAGUAGCAUACACGAGGAAAUGUUGCCUGGUCUGGAGUCAUGGCGGGCUGGUAAAGUGGCAUUUUGGCAUGACCUUGAAGGUCAUUCAGUUGAGUGGUUUUGUGUUGUCUCAAUUGAUCGUAGAGGAAUGAUGGCAGAGGUUACAUCUGCAUUAACAGCUGCUGGAAUUAUGAUAUGUUCUUCAGUGUCUGAGAUGGACCGGAGAAGGGGCAUGGGUGUGAUGCUAUUUCACAUUGACGGGAGCUUUGAAAGUUUGUCUAGUGUAUGUUCGAGCAUUGAUCUGAUUCAUGGCGUUCUUGGAUGGUCAAUGGGUUGUAGCUGGCACUGGUCUCAAGAAGCAAGCCAUGGUCUCUAUGAGUGCUGAUAUUGUGACCUCUUUCUCUGUUAUUAUUAAUCUCUCUCUCUCUCUCUCUAGUCUCCCUCUGAGCAUAGUAAAUUGAGAUGCUCUCUCAUUGUUUUUGUCAGUCUUCGUGCUCUCUUUCAUAGUUUUUACAGUCUCUCUCUCUCUCUCUCAUAGCAUAGCGAAAGGUGUAAGGGUAGGCAAUUUUGUUGGAGAAGACCAGAUUUGCAUGGUGGAUUUAUCUGAACAUGAGUCUUUGUGAUUCCUUAUUUGUUGCGACAUCACAAUAAAAACAUCAGCUGCUGGAGCGGUUUUUGUGGGGGGUUGUACAUAAAAGAGUAUUAAUAAUAGCAUUACAUCUGAA